UCCCCGUCGACAUUCCACAGCCUGGGGCUCCUCUCUUUCUCUUUCGUGCUCUGAUGGGCCGGACGCUGGCUGUUCUUCCACCUCAAAGCCGUGUCGACGAUCCCUUCCGAUCGUCGCGAUUUUCCUUUUUUCUGUUUUCUGUUGUUUAUCCAUCCCCCCAUACCACCUCCAGCAUCCCCUCCCUUCACUUCACAGCACACUCGCUCAACCACCCAUCAUGGCCACUUAUCACGACACCGAAAGCCUUGAAUACUCCUCCGACUCCGACGACAGCCGCUUCUCUCCCCACCCCCCGUCCCAACGCAUCAAGCGCUACACCCGGCCCUUGAUCGAUUACGUGCGCAAUGACUGGCAAUUCAGCAACAAAUACACCCAUCCCCCGGACGAACCGUCCGACCCCGCCAGAUGCAUGCAGCUGGUCAUGUCCAUCGUCACCGCUCCGCGCUUCCGCCGCUAUGUCGUCGUGUACCUGAUGCUCGUGAUCACGUGUACGGUGGGGUGGGUGUAUUUCCUCUCUCCGCGGCUGGAGGAACAUGCGGAGUUGUUGCGGGCCUUGGACCCGGAGGUGAAGGAGGAGGUUGGGGGGUGGUUCGGGACGAACGCGUUACCGAAUUUUGAUAAUAUCGUGCAAUUGGGGACAUUGGAUGAGGGACUGAUCCCCACGGGGGAGAAGCGCUUGAUUGUCGUGGGUGAUGUGCAGGGGUGUAAAGCGGAGUUGGACCGCCUUCUCGAAGAGCUCCUCUUCAAUCCCACCAACGACCACCUCGUUUUCACCGGAAACAUGAUCAGUCGCGGCCCCGAGAGCAUCGACGUCGUCGAACUUGCCCGGAACUACUCCGCAUCUUGUGUUCGCGGAAACGACGAAGACCGCGUUUUGGUCCUCCGCCAUGACAUGGUCGAAGCACAGACGUUGAACGAUCACUCCACCGAUGAGUACCUCGACGGCCAGUCCACGGAUCAAGCGAAGCGGGAGCGCGAUCUCGCGCGCGCAUUGACAGACGAACAGGCUGACUGGCUGGACGCAUGCCCGGUGAUUUUGGAUCUCGGCCAGGUGCCCAAUCUCGGCCAAGUUGCAGUGGUACACGGCGGAUUGGUCCCGGGUGUGGAGCUAGAGAAGCAGGAUCCGUACAGCGUGAUGAACAUGCUGAGCAUCGAUUUGGAGACGCAUCUGCCUAGUUCAGAGCGUGAUGGGAUCAGAUGGACCAAGCUCUUCAACAAACACCAAUCCACCACCUACACCACCUACUCGGGUCUAAAGAACGCCGAUCUUGAGGAAGCAAAAUCCCACACCACGACCGUCAUCUACGGCCACGACUCGGAAAAGUCCCUCGACAUCACUACCUACACCAAAGGUAUCGAUACCGGAUGUGUGCGGGGCGGUGAACUGACCGCCCUGGUUCUGAGUGAGAACGGAGAGAAUCUUAUUCAAGUGAGGUGUAAUAACUACCUUGAGUGAUCUCCACCUCUAUUUUUCGUGUUUGGGUAUUGUCAGAUAUAUUCUUGACUUGACUUGCGAUACCUUUUUUGGAUAUAUCGCUACGCUACUUGCAUCCCUGUCUGUCUUUGUCUCUCUGCUGGCUUGGAGAGAUAAUUUUGACUCGAUGGGCUGAUCUGUAUUAUUGGUUGUUACAUUUGCACGAUCUAGGAUUAUCAUAUAUUGCAUUUUGGGCUUGGAGUUGGCUUUGGAGUUGGGUGGGUUUGAUUCAAUUGGCCUGGAC